GAUUCGUUCGCUGUGAUGUGAACGUCAAACGCGCAUUUUGUUUACUUUCUAAGUUUCUAUUUAUGUGAUUUGUAUUUUCGAGAGAGUUGUGAUGUUAGUCGCACUAUCUGUGUCUUAUCAUGUACCGAAAAAAUUUAUUUGGGAAUGGAUUUAAUUAUAUGUGACAGUUUUGCGCUGAUGUUACGCGUGUGAAGUGUUUUGUGGACAAGUGUUAUUUGAGGGUAUAAGCUGUGUUUAAAAUGCUGGCCUCCGCAGCUUCAGCUAAUAUUACAAGGAAUUCCUUGUCGACAAUGUUCCAAGCGCGUCGCUCCGUUGAUCGACCUCUGGUUAUGAGUCACCCAGAGAAGCAAUCACUCGCAAACCGUCCACCACCUCCAGCCACUAUAGUCCCACGCGCGGCUGAUGGUCCAAUUCCUCCAGGUUGGAAUGGCCAGCCCAAACGACAUGGCUCCAGUAGGUUCAACGUUCAAAAUAAUAAGGAACAGGAAUUAGUGAAAUUACCUUCUAUUAGAGAUGCCCCAGCAGCGGAGCGUGAACAGUUGUUCGUGCAGAAGAUUCGGCAAUGCUGUCUAUUGUUCGACUUUGCAGACGAGCCUCUGUCGGACCUCAAAUGGAAGGAGGUCAAGCGGGGUGCGCUGCUGGAAAUGGUGGAGUACAUCACCUCACAGCGUGACGUCAUCACAGAGGCUAUAUACCCAGAGGCUGUUAAUAUGUUCGCAGUCAACUUGUUCCGAACAUUGCCGCCCUCAUCAAACCCAAAUGGUGCGGAAUUUGACCCUGAAGAAGACGAGCCGACCCUGGAGGCGGCGUGGCCCCAUUUGCAACUGGUUUACGAGCUGUUCCUUCGACUACUUGAGUCGCCAGACUUCCAGCCAAAUAUAGCCAAGAAAUAUAUUGACCAAAAGUUCGUUUUGCAGCUCCUCGAACUAUUCGACACAGAGGACCCAAGAGAGCGGGACUUUCUCAAGACUACCCUACAUAGGAUAUACGGAAAAUUUCUAGUUCUUCGUGCCUAUAUAAGGAAACAGAUCAACAAUGUUUUCUAUAGGUUUAUAUAUGAAACGGAACAUCAUAACGGCAUUGCUGAGUUAUUAGAAAUACUUGGAUCAAUUAUAAACGGCUUCGCGUUGCCUCUCAAAGAAGAACAUAAACAAUUUUUGCUUAGGGUAUUACUCCCACUGCACAAGGCAAAAUCUCUAUCAGUCUACCACCCACAGCUGGCCUACUGCGUGGUGCAGUUCCUUGAGAAAGAUCCGUCACUCACCCAGCCCGUUGUUCGGGCAUUACUUAAAUACUGGCCGAAGACACAUUCACCAAAGGAGGUGAUGUUCUUAAAUGAGAUGGAAGAAAUCCUAGACGUGAUAGAACCAGCCGAGUUCCAGAAAAUAAUGGACCCGCUGUUCCGUCAAUUGGCCAAGUGCGUUUCCAGCCCACAUUUUCAGGUCGCAGAACGCGCACUAUACUACUGGAACAAUGAGUACAUAAUGUCUCUAAUAUCGGACAACGCGACUCACAUACUGCCAAUAAUGUUCCCGUCGCUGUACUGCAAUACUAAGUCUCAUUGGAACAAGACAAUCCACGGCCUGGUCUACAACGCCCUUAAGCUCUUCAUGGAGAUGAACCAAAAACUCUUUGAUGAAUGCACGCAACAAUUCAAGCAGGAGAAAGAGAAGGAGACAGAACGUCUUCAGCAGCGUGAAGAACUAUGGCAGCGGUUGGAGGCUGUCGCAGCGGCUAACCCCGCCUGUCGACAGCUUGACUCUGAACCACUCACGCCUGAUGCUGAGAUCCGAAAGAAUCACAACGCGACCAAGCCACUCCUGCGCAAGAAAUCUGACCUGCCACCUGACGCCUCCACUGUGAAGGCUCUCAUUGAACACAAGCGACCAGACCCAUAUCUCACGACCCCACCGGACGCGGACAAGUGUUAGCGGACUAUGCCCCACGGGGGCCUGUGCCCCGACCGGGAAUAAGUGCAAGCCGAGUAAGUGACCCCAAAAACAUUCCCGAAUGUGAAAUUUCAACUUUAUCUGGACUAUGGUGCCAACGGCCUUUAAGUGAAGUGAAAUCGGUACGAAUUCUAUUAGAUCAAAGAUUACGAUAAACUUCAUACUAGAAUUUGGCGCUUUUUGUAUUCUUCAUGACAUAAUGUCACUCAUACUAAAAUUUCAUAUUGUUAAAAAAUAAUUAACAGUUUAUUCGAAUAGCUAAAUUCAUUGGGACCAUGAAGUUAGCGCCGAUCCAAAAUGAUCGCGAAAUUAGCCACAAUCCCAUAAAUACAUUGAAUUUAGCCGCUUAUCUAAACACUCUCAUAAAGUUAGUAACAAAUUAAUAAUGAAGUUAGCACAAGUGUCUUUCUAAUCCACAAUUUUGUUAAUUCUUAAUAGUCAUACAGCGCUUAUUCACAUUGGUUAUGAAGUUUGCCGCGUAUUAUUUUCGGCGUCACGAACUACACGGAUAAGACAAUAAAUACAAAAGGACAAUUAUUAAAAGAGUAUUUAUUCAUUGCUAAAUGUUUACGAUAUCUUAUCUAGCCUUAUCAUUUAUUUUAGAUCAUAACAUAACAGAAAUUGCGAGAAUUGGUGAUUAAGACAAAGAUAUUUUAUAAAGACGAUAAUCAAAAUUAAUUUGUAUAUCACAUGAAACAGCGCAAUAAUUCUAUCCGCCGAUUGCCAUUUGAUCUUCGCACUAAUUACCUCCUAAUCUAUCUCACAUUCGACUCAGAUAUAGUGUGACUUGUAUAUCAAAAAGUAUUUGAUAUACGGUUUGGUUCGCGCAAGUGAACUCCGAAUCUUUCUUCGUAAGUUAGUAUGAACGGAGAGAUGCGAUUUGAAAAGUCAAAUAAUGUGAGAGAUUAAUUUUAACAUGUAGAAGAAUAUAAAAUUAUUUAUAUGAGUUCAUACUCUAUUUUUAAAUACACAAUAGAUUUCACUAAGAGUUAGAAAAUAAGUGUGUAAAAUUUGACAUAAUUCACAAAUAAGUAACCUAAUUUCGUACUAAAACCACAGCUUACGAUAGCAAAUAUAUGAACAUAAUUUUAUAAUGUAAUUUCAGACUAAAAAAUUUGUACUUUGAUGGUGUUUUUUUGGUUACAGCAAAACAUAUUGCAACAAAAGCAUUUAACUUUUUUCAUAACACUAAAAUAGUGCCAAUAUUAGAUUUCAUCAUGGAAGUCGCAGAAACAAAAGGGCUACUAAAAAUGAUUUAAAUUUCUAAUGUUGUAGACAGUGCAGGUUUCAGCAGAACCCAGAUUAAUUAUCCAAAUAUAACUUAAAUAAAAAUAAUAAUUGUUAGCACUGUACAGCGGCACUGCAAACUCAUUGUUAAAUGAAUACUAGAAUAUUUUUAGUUGUACCGAAUUGCAAAUGGAGAUAGUGUUUAGUUAAAUUAUAAACCUCACGAUAGAAUUACAUAGUUAAACCUAAUCAUAGUUAUAUGUUUCUUGUUGUAGGUAAAUUUAUUGCCCUUGUCUAUUGACAUUUUAAAACCAUUCUUUACCUCAUUGACACUAAGUUUUCAUUUCUUGCCAUAACAAAAAUGAAUGCAGACAUGUGUCAGCUCCGAUGUUAAAUAUAUUCCUAAUAAAUUUCACAUUUUCCAUUAAUUUUAAAGUGUCAAUAUAUAAAGGUCUACUUGAUGUUAUCAAUGACUCAUAACUCGAUAAAGGUAACGCCUCAUAGUUUCAAAACAUCUUAGAGAUUGUUGUCUAAACCGUUACCAUGGUUACCAUUUUUUACGCGUAACCAUGAUAACUAACACUCUAUAGUCCAUCUUUUACAAUAAAUAACUUAGCAAAUGGCGUAAAGAUAAUCGACUUCUAUCUCUUCACGUGUUGAGUAUCUAUUUUUGAAAUUGCAUUUAUCGAAUUAAAGUUAUUGUUAUAUAAUGUUAACAGUUUAUAUUCGUGCUGCAUAUUGUGCGAAAUUCUGAGUCUGAUUUUGUGUAAGAUGUAUUUAUUUCUACACACACGUAUGACUGUUUAGAAUGAACUAUUCAUUUAGCUUGACUGUAAGUUUUGUAACGCUUUAAUAUUAGUUAGGUAUAUCAAAUUGUCCAAUAUUAUUUAUUUCUAGGCACUUUUCCGAUCGCCAUUUGUUUAAUUAUGUAUGAAUUUUUUCUUCUAUUGGUAUAUGUUCGGUAUUUCAUUAUUAUUUAUCUUUCUAGUAAAAAAAAAUAUUGUAAUAAUUCACGGCACCGAAUCCAGUAAAUAAUUGUUAUCCGUAAUUUUACCUGUAAGUUAAGUUUACCGCACGACUGUACGUGCCGAGUAGUUAAGGUCUAGCAGUAUUCACGCUUCAGGAAGCGAUUUAUUGCAAGUUUUGUAUGACUUAGUAUAAGUUUGCGUGUACAGUCGCGCGGUACUGUGUGUAUAAAGAUCUCGGAGUGCGAAUGAAUGGACUGAGUACACGAUAGCGAAUAAUUUGCGACGCUAUUUAACAAAUUUUUGUAUAAAUAUUUAUAACGAUAAUGUAACUGUUGAAAACAAAUAUUGUAACAAAUGACAUAUUAUAAGGUGCUUAUGAUUAUCGUUAUAAUACAAAGUUGUGCAUAUA